AUGUCGUUCUACCUCCUCCCUAAAGGACUAUGUAAAAAGAUAUCUAGUGCGACAUCUAAUUUUUGGUGGGGCUCUGGCCCAACCUCAAAAGGUAUGCAUUGGAUAUCAUGGGACAAACUCUGCCUCUCCAAGAAGGAUGGAGGGAUUGGGUUCCGAUUGCUCGAAGAAUUUAAUAUAGCUUUAUUAGCUAAACAACUUUGGCGAUUGGAACACAACCCAAAUUCUUUACUUACAAGAGUCCUUAAAGGGAGGUAUUUUCGAAAUUCACAUCUUUUCAAAGCACCAAAAGCUUCAAGACAAUCCUAUGGUUGGAGAAGCAUUAUGGCUGCAAAAGAUCUUGUCACUAAAGGUCUUAGACGAACAAUAGGAACAGGGGAAGAUGCACUGGUUUGGCAUGACUCGUGGAUACCGGAUGAGACCGCCAGGCCUCCUACGAUAACACAUGAUUAUGAUCCGAACUUGAGAGUGUCUGACCUAAUCGAUCCUGUGAAAAAGAGUGGAACAUUCCUAAACUCAGGAAUUUGCUCCACCCCAAUGACAUACCGUUGGUUCGAAGCUUAA